GGCCUGAGUGAAGCAGGCUCGUGGGCCAGUGGUAACACUGGGAUUAAGAAGUUUUUAGAACCCGGGAGGUCGCGGACCGCUGCUUCGCGGCUGUCAUCAUGCCACAAAAUGAAUAUAUUGAAUUGCACCGCAAACGAUAUGGAUAUCGUUUGGAUUACCAUGAGAAAAAGAGAAAGAAAGAAGGUCGGGAGGCCCAUGAACGUUCAAAGAAAGCAAAAAAAAUGAUCGGCCUGAAGGCUAAGCUCUACCAUAAACAGCGCCAUGCCGAGAAAAUACAAAUGAAAAAGACCAUUAAGAUGCAUGAGAAGAGAAACACCAAGCAGAAGGAUGACGAGAAGACUCCACAGGGAGCAGUCCCUGCCUACCUGCUAGACAGAGAGGGGCAGUCAAGAGCAAAAGUACUUUCCAACAUGAUUAAGCAGAAGCGGAAAGAAAAGGCGGGAAAAUGGGAGGUCCCUCUACCCAAAGUUCGUGCCCAAGGAGAAACAGAAGUAUUGAAAGUUAUUCGAACAGGAAAAAGAAAAAAGAAGGCAUGGAAGAGAAUGGUUACAAAAGUCUGCUUUGUUGGUGAUGGUUUUACAAGAAAACCACCUAAAUAUGAAAGGUUCAUUAGGCCAAUGGGUCUACGUUUCAAAAAAGCCCAUGUCACACACCCUGAGCUGAAAGCUACCUUUUGCCUGCCUAUACUCGGUGUGAAAAAGAACCCCUCCUCCCCGUUAUAUACAACCCUGGGUGUGAUCACCAAAGGGACAGUCAUUGAAGUGAAUGUAAGCGAGCUGGGCCUUGUGACACAAGGAGGCAAGGUCAUUUGGGGAAAGUAUGCUCAAGUUACCAACAAUCCUGAAAAUGAUGGGUGCAUAAAUGCAGUCUUGCUGGUUUGACAGUGACAUCAUACAAGUCACUCCACUCACUACGGAAGACUACAGUGUCAGGAAAACACCAUCGCUGUGAUCCUUCUGAACUACCAAUCAGCCUUACCCCAUGUGCAGUCAUCAGGAAGUAUUUAUUAAACUGUAAAGGAAAAUAAAACACUGCCCAAUUUACAGUUGGCA